AUGUCGGCCUCCCGGGAUUGGUCAAAGCUCCAAGUGUCCAAGGGCACGCAUUGCUUCAUCGAGGAGAUGGGUUUCAAGCGCAUGACGCCUGUGCAAGCCAUUGCUAUUCCACUUGUGCUGAAGCAGCGUGAUGUGGCUGUAGAGGCCUGCACAGGUUCCGGCAAGACAUUGGCCUAUCUCAUUCCAACCUUUGAAAUCAUGUGUCGGACGCUCAAAGACGGCGUAAGCCGAAGACCUGGCAUAGAUGCCCUGGCUGUCGGUUCUGCCAUUAUCUCACCUACCAGGGAGCUGGCUACCCAGAUCCACGAGGUUUUCGGAUCCUACUUGAUGGCAGCCGCCAAAGCUGACGACGGCCUUUCCUGUCAGCUUGGCCGGCAGCUCUGCGUUGGAGGAUCUGAGGCAAAAGCGGCGGCAGCGGCGUUGCGAAGAGCUGCUGUCACUGAGGCCGCCGAGGAAGAGUCAAAAUUGCACUUGAUUUCAGCUACACCGGGGAGGCUGCGGGCUCUUGUAUCUCUUUCCAACAGCCCCUUGAACCUCAAAUCUCUGGAGUUUCUGGUGUUCGAUGAAGCCGACAGAUUGCUUCAACUGGGAUUCUCUUUGGAUAUAGAAGCUGUUUUAUCGGCUGUCCCGAAGCAGCGAAGAACUGGGCUCUUCAGUGCGACACUGACUACAGAGCUGCAGCGCAUCAUGAAGACCGGGAUGCGUAACCCAGUGCAUGUCUGCGUUCGCCGGAAGCGCCCUGGGGAGUGCAUGCAGCCGCAGCCGAAGGUACGCAAGGGUCCUGAAGCCAUUGCUGACGGUUCAGUUGACGACCCUGAAGACCCUCCUGAGAAGGACGAAAGUCACCCUGUCUUGGGACACGAGCUGCCGACAAAGCUGAGCAACUAUUACUAUCAGGUUCCUGCGCCAGAGCGUCUGGGCUUUUUGAGGCAUUUUCUGCGCGCCCCAGAAGUCCGCAGUGGCAAGACCAUUGUUUUCUUUCUAACUUGUGCAACGGUGGACUACUUUCACGUCCUCUUGCGUGGCCUUGUCGAUGGCCGGGCAGGAGGAUCCAAGGCAAAGGGCAUGAAGAACAAGAAGAUGCAGGCCACGGCCAACUCGCCGGUGCGAGUCGAGAAGCUGCAUGGCCAAAUGGAGCCAACAGCCCGAGCACGAGCGUACGAGAAGUUUUGCAAGAGUCCAGCACACGAUGGUGCAGUCCUGCUUGCCACGGAUGUGGCAGCAAGAGGCAUCGACGUUGAUGCCGUCAAGUGGAUUGUGCAGGUCGACCCGCCAACCGAUCCAGCAGCCUUCGUUCACCGCAUCGGGAGGACAGCUCGUGCCGGACAAAGUGGAAGAGCCGUCGUACUGCUGCUUCCACAUGAGGAUGGAUAUUUGCCGUUUCUUGAGAAGCGGGGAAUUCAACUCGAAGAGCUGCCUGAAGAGCUGCAGAGGCCUUCGAGCGGAGGGGAAGCUUUGGCUGAAACGACGCUGGCCAGAUGCAAGCGCAUCGUCGAGACCGACAGAGCUGCCAUGCUCAAGUCGACCAAGGCAUUCCUUUCCUUCGUCCGGGCGUACCACGAACACCAGCUGCCAUACCUUUUCCCGUUCAAAAACUUGGACAUAGGCAAUCUGGCGACUGGCUACUGCCUUCUCAGACUGCCCCGGAUCAAAGAAAUCUUGGGGAAGCAUGUGAGAGGAUUUCAGCAAAGUGAAGAGAAAUUGGCAAAAGAGCGAGAGGAGCGUGAGCAGAACAAGGAGGAGGAGAAGAAGGCACAGAUAGCCAAAGCACGGCAAGCCAUGAAGGAUGCGGCGAAAGCCGAGAAGGAAAGGACCAGGAGCACAGGGGAUGCUCUCUUCCUGCAUGGUGGGUACGAUGGCCGGACCUGGUACAGCUUCUACAGCCUACGCCAGCCUUUGCCAGGCGCCAAAGAGGCCGAUUGGGGAAGCUACUGGUUCACCUACGAACCGCCCACCAGCCCAGUGCACGGGCAGUCUUCGCCCGCUCCGAUGCAGCCUGAAACACAGCCCAAUCAAGGUAAGACCUGCCCAGUGGGUGCAAUCGACUUGGUUGGCGAGCCGAUGAAGGCAUCGGUCGAUGCGCUGAAAGUUGCAACGGGGGAAAGCUGUACCACCAAACAGCCGGGCAACCCGGAUGAGUACAAAUCCGUGAGCAUCUCACCGGAGGAUCACGAAGUGGGGGUCGCCCGGGCCAACACGGCCGGGGAAAGAGGACAGCACAGACGGACGCAGAAGCGCCAGGCGAAGCGAAGCGAGAAGGCGGAGCAGUGGAGGACGCUGGCAGCCGAGGAGCGCCUGGCGAAGAAGCUGCGAAAGGGGAAGAUCUCGGCCUCGCAGUUCGAGCUGGGACCCAAGCUGUGCGACAAACCAAAGCAGUUGCCACCAUGCUGCCACGAGACCAAGGUCCAGGGUGAAGCGGAUCGGCCAGGCGAUGCCUGCCCCAUGCUCUGUGCUUCGGCGGGUGAGGGCGAGGAGGACCUUGACAGCGAGGAGCACGCGGAUGAGAGUGAGGAGGACGGUCUUGACAUCGCCGACCAUUGGGAUAUCGUGAGAAGCUCCACCGCUGUGCCCCUGAUGUUGCAAGAUCGGACAGUUGUCGGUUCAGGCCCAGGGCAAUACACACUUGAUCAGAAGUGGAUUGAUGUCGCUUUUGUCCGCAGGAACCUCCCCGGCCAUCCCAGGGAGGAGAUGCAGAAUUUGCACAACUGGCCGGCGGUACUCAGCACAUGUACUCAAGACAUAGACGAGCACAAGUCAAGCUUCAACACGGCCUUCCUGCGGGCACCUCGCAGAAGAGACAGAAAGCUGGCAGACCUGGCGAGGCACAAGAGGUCGAAGAAACAGAGGAAGACGCUCGCGUGCACUUUGCUGCCGGGCCCGUUGCACACCGGCGUGCUCCAAGAUGCCCACGAGCCCCCUCCACGGGCAGACGUCGUUGGACUGUUACCGGCAGGGCUGCAAGAGGCGCACGCAGGGCGCAUGCAGGGCGCACAGAGCUCGCUAAUGUCCGAUAGUCCGUACGAGAAGUCGGAGAUAGCAUGUGUUGAAGCGGCGAACCUGCUGAAGUCUGCGGAUGUGCUGCUGCUUUUCACAGGAGCAGGGUUUUCUGCCGACAGCGGCCUGGCAGUCUACGAUGAUGUUGCCAAGGUGGCAGCCUAUGCGGAGCGAGGAUUGGAUUACAUGGACCUUUGCGAUCCGAAGCUGGUCCACCAAGAGCCGCCGCUCUUCUGGGGCUUCUGGGGCCAGUGCUUCAAUGACUACAGGCGAACAGCUCCCCACAAGGGGUACGAAAUCAUCAGCAAGUGGGUGGAGAAGAGUUUUCGACACUCGGAAGUUGCCACGCGAAUCAGGUCGAAGCUGGCAUCCUCAAAGCCAGCACAGCCAGAAAACAGCUUUUGCUCCUUCGAUGAUGUGUCGGCUGAACCGUAUCUCAUCUCCGGCCAUGCUGGUGCAUUUUACAUCUUCACAUCGAAUGUCGACGCUCAUCACUAUGACUGGUUCCUUCCCAGUGAGGUACGAGAAUGUCACGGAAAUGUCGAGUUGUAUCAAUGCUUUUUUGGCAGGGCGAGAUGUGGACCAGGUAUUUGGAGAGCUCCGCUAGAUUUUGCAUUCAAUGUCGAUGCCACUCAUAUGCUGGCUUUUGCGGAUGAGCCGCCAGUACGAGGUGAGGCUCCUGCCCAGCUGGCUGCGGCAGGUGCUUCACAUGUCGGCUCUGUUCGCGGAGCCCGCCGCACCACGACGCUGCGCCACAUGCCGGAGUCGCUCACACCCAAAGAUUUGGUUGAGCGAGGGUUUGCUGGCAAUCACCCGAGAUGUCUUCGCUGCAGGGGGCCAGCGAGGCCGGCAAUCUUGAUGUUCGGUGAGUGGGGUGACCGAGACUGGCAAGACUCGCAAGCGCAGUCCAGACGUUGGACGGGCUACAUGCAAGCACUUGGAGAGGUUGCUGCCGAAUCCACUGCUUUGCGCUGCGUCCUUUUGGAGAUUGGUGCUGGUGGCAGAGUGCCAACCGUCCGCGAAACAUCUGAGCAGAUCUUGCAAAUCUUGCUUGGUGGUGGUGCUGACGCCAAGAUGAUCCGCAUUAAUCCGGACUAUCCGCUCCCUGACAAUGACGACGACGAGCUGUCUGGCAAGAUUGUAAGCCUCAUGGGGUCGGGCCUCCAUUGCUUGACCAUGAUUGAUGCACAGAUGUAG